CAUCUAACUUUAUAGGGCACAAUAUUCUAUGUAAAUAUCAAUGAGCGAGCUUCAAGAAUUGUUAAAUUAUGUCACGAACUGUUUAAAUUCGUAUGGAUUAUGCGUAUUAGACAAUUUUUUGGGCUAUAUAUUAGCCAAGGAAGUCCAAAAAGAAGUGAAUAGUAUUAUUAAUUUGCAACCCUUUGUAGAGGGACAAGUUCUUUCAACAAACCCUUCUAUUAGAGGUGAUAAAAUUACCUGGGUUGAAGGCGACGAAAAAUAUUGUUAUUUUAUACGCAAUUAUAUCAAAAAAGUUGAUAGCAUUGUAUAUGAAUGUAAAACUGAUUUAGCCAAGAAUAUAAGUGGAAGAACUAAGGCUAUGAUAUCCAUAUACCCUAGAAACGGGACCAAAUAUCUAAAACAUGUUGAUAAUCCCUAUAAAGAUGGUAGAUGCAUUACCACAAUUUAUUAUUUGAAUAAUGAUUGGGAUCGUGAGAGAGAUGGUGGUUGUUUAAGAUUGUACCCCUCAAUGAUAGAUGCAGAACCCAUCAUUGAGCCUAUGUUUGAUAGACUUAUUUUGUUUUGGUCAGAUAGUAGAAAUCCCCAUGAAGUAGAACCAUCUUUUAGAACCAGGUUCGCUAUAACGGUAUGGUAUUUAGAUGAAGAUGAAAUAAAGACAUCGAAUCAAGAAUGCAAAUACCAAAUAAUUAAACGAGAAUAAAUGAUAAUUUAAACGAAUUGUGCAUAAUACAAACCAAAAAUAUCAUUAUCAUCAUGAUAAUAUUAGGGAAGAAUUAUAAUAUUAAUCUAUCUGUGAUAUAGAAAUAUAAAUGUACGAGUUCGUAAGAUUAGACGAUUCUGAUUCUGAGAUUUAUUUAUUUAUAAUAUUAAUUAAUAUAUAAUUUUAAUCACAGUGUGCGCAAUUACCUAAUUAUAUUAUAUACACAAGCUUCAAAUAGCGCCAAAAAUAAAU